UUAUUUCCUUGUCUGCUUGUUUUGUGGAAACCAGAACUGGUGAGGAAGCUUCAGGACCCUUCCACACAGUCAUAUAGCCCGGAAUAUCAAGGCAGAUUGAAGGGAACAUAAGCGGCCUGGUUUAAUUUGAUUUCAUCUUAUUCAUAGCAAUGGUAUUAAUAAUACAGUAGAGUCUCACUUACCCAACGUUCUGGAUUAUCCAACGCAUUUUUGUAGUCAGUGUUUUCAAUACAUCGUGAUAGUUUGGUGCUAAAUUCGUAAAUACAGUAAUUACUACAUAGCAUUACUGCUCAUUGAACUACUUUUUCUGUCAAAUUUGUUGUAUAACAUGAUGUUUUGGUGCUUAAUUUGUAAAAUCAUAACCUAAUUUGAUGUUUAAUAGGCUUUUCCUUAAUCCCUCCUUAUUAUCCAACAUAUUCGCUUAUCCAACGUUCUGCCGGCCCGUUUAUGUUGGAUAAGUGAGACUCUACUGUAGUUUCAUUAAAUAAAUAAAUAGCCUUCCAUUCGUGUUAGAAGGAAAUCUGCCUUUGUUUUAGUAUGAAGCCAUGGGAAAUGCCCACAGAAAAAGGCAAUUAACAUUCCAUUACAUUCCUUAGAGUUGUAAAAGUCCCUGGCUCAGGAAACUCACACCAGCAGGCAAUAUAUUUUGGAGACAGCGGCCUUAGAUGUAGGAGUCAGAGAUGGCAGUUUGAUGUACAGUAAAAGGUAAAGGUUUCCCCUGAUGUUAAGUCCAGUCGUGACCGACUCUGGGGGUUGGUGCUCAUCUCCAUUUCUAAGCCGAAGAGCCGGCGUUGUCCAAAGACAUCUCCAGGUCAUGUGGCCGGCAUGACUGCAUGGAGCGUCGUUACCUUCCCGCCGGAGCGGUACCUAUUCAUCUACUCACAUUCGCAUGUUUUCGAACUGCUAGGUUGGCAGGAGCUGGGGCUAACAGCGGGCGCUCAUUCCACUCCCGGGAUUUGAACCUGGGACCUUUUGGUCCUCAAGUUCACCAGCUCAGCGCUUUAACACACUGUGCCACCAGAGGCCCCUUGAUGUACAGUACAGUAUCGUUUAUCCAACCUUUGCUUAUCCAAUGUUCUGUAUUAUCCAACAUGGUCUGCCUUUUGUUUUUUAGUCAAUGUUUUCAAUACAUUCAGAUAUUUUGGUGCUAAAUUUGUAAAUACAGUAAUUACUGCAUUACCUUACCAUGUAUUGAACUGCUUUUUCUGUCAAUUUGUUGUAAAACAUGAUGUUUUUGUACUUUGUAAAAUCACAAUUUGAUGUUUAAUAGGCUUUUCCUUAAUCCCUCCAUAUUAUCCAACAUUUUUGCUUAUCUAACAUUCUGCCGGCCCGUUUAUGUUGCAUAAGCGCGACUCUACUGUAGUUUGGUUUUGAUGGAUGAACAUUUAUAAAUAAUAAUAAUAAAACUUUAUUUAUAUACCACCCUAUCUCCCAGAUGGGACUCAGGGCGGUUUACAGUCAUAAAAACAACACAAACAUUACAUAAUAACAUAAUAACACAUUAUUAAACAAAGUAAAAUAAUACAAUUAUAACAAUAAAUAACACUUACAUGACCAGAUCAAGGGGACGGGAACCAUAAACCCAAUAUAUUAAAAUGUAUCAUUUUAGGCUAGGGAAAUCUUGUGCAAUAUAUUCAGGCCCAGAAAUCGGCGGUAGUCCAAUGUAAUUACUCAAAAACCUGCCGACACUGUUGCUGUUUGCUGUUUUGGUAAGCAUCUGACCAAAUAGUACCAUGUGUAGGAUGAAAAAAAAAGAAGGUAUGGGAACAGAAGAAUUUAGAAAGCGUGAAAUAUCUUUGGAAAUUCUAUAAAAGCCAACCAAACUGUGUCCUUCCAGGCGGCCACCCACAUAUCCUCUAUUUGCAAAUAAAGGCUGUGUAAUCUCCUCUGCCUCCCGGACAGCUCAUUGGGAACCCAACUUCGGGAGGUUGCAAUAAGUUGCUUUCUGAGAGAAAGGAGCAUUACAACUGAGCCUUUUCAAGAUAAUUCACAAUAUCUGCUUUGAACUGGGUUAUCUGAGUCCACAAUUCAGUUCACUGUGGAUUUUAUACAGCUGUUUGGAAGGGGCCUCCGACACUUUUCCCCAAUGAUGAUGAUGAUUAUUAUGAUAAAACUUUAUUUAUAUACCACCUUAUCUCCCCAAGAGGACUCAGGGAAGCAAAACAUUCAAUUGCCAAUAGAAGACCGUGCAACAAGAUAGACAUCAUAAAAGAAAACAUAGGUAAAAAGGUAAAGGUUUCCCCUGACGUUAAGUCCAGUCAUGUCUGACUCUGGGGGUUGGUGCUCUCCUCCAUUUCUAAGCCGAAGAGCCGGUGUUGUCCGUAGACACCUCCAAGGUCAUGUGGCCAGCAUGACUGCAUGGAGCAAUACAAUCCUGCUAAAAUCAUAAAAAUUAAAGUCCAGAUUUAGUCUCUUCCAUCAGAUGGGUUCAAAGUUCAAAGCUAGAACUUCAGAGUGGACAUGUCACAUGGCCAACUAUGAAGGGCUUUUUCAUGAGUGGAUUUCCCUUCCUAUGGGCAGAUUUCUCUCAAACCCCUUCUACACUGCCAUGUAAUCCAGAUUAUUAGAGCAGAUCAUUCACAUUAUCUGCUUUUAGCUGGGUUAUAUGAUCCUACACUGUCAUAUAAUCCAAAGCAGAUAAUCUGGAGUUAAUAUAGCAAUGUAGAAGGGGCCUCUCUUCCUGUUGUCCCAACCCCAUUCUUAACAAUGAGUCAUUUCUAAAUUGGAUGUUUGUCACUCAGGGACUGCCUGUAAUAAUCCAGUUCAAAGCAGAUAAUCUGGAUUUUAUAUGGCAGUGUAGAUGGGGGCCUAAAAAGGCCUAUGCGAUUCUAAGGCCCCUUUUACUUCUAUAUAAAAUCCAGAUUAUCUGCUUUGAGCUGGAUUAUAUGGCAGUGUAGACUCGUUUAAUCCAGUUCAAAGCAGAUCAUAUGGAUUAUCCGCUUUGAUAAUCUCCUUUAUAUGGCUGUGUGGAAGGGCCCUUAGUUGGAACAGGGACAUUUUUGAAGUGUAACCCCAGACAAAUAUAUAUAAAGAGUUACAUUUUAAGGUGGAACUCCAGGCAAACAAACAUAUAUUAUAGAUAGACUAGCUUUGCCCGGCCACGCAUUGCUGUGGCUUAUGGGAAUCCUUUGUUGGCCAGGUGGAAUAGCAGUGAAUAGCCUUGCAGUCUCAAAGCCUGGCCGUUUUCUGUAGUAGCUGGAGCUUUUUGUUGUAUGAACGUAGAGGCAUGGAUGAGGGGUUGUGCUGCCAAGUUUAGUGUUUCUAGGAUGUGUAGUUUUGUUGUUUUGUCCUAGGCCGAAAUUUCAUUACCCUUUUAUAUAUAUAGAUAGACAGAUAGAUAGAUUUGCUUGGAGUUACAAUUUAAAAUGUAACUCCAGGCAAGUUAUACACACACACACACAUUCAUUCUUAUUCUCUCUCUCUCUCUCUCUCUCUCUCUCUCUCUCUCUCUCUCUCUCUCUCUCGCCACUCAGAUGGCACUGUCCUCAUCCUGCAAAAUAAAAAACGUGUGUGUGUGUGUAUUUAUAUAUUUGUAGUUCUGUAAAGCAAAGGGAAGGGUGAUCACUCCUGUGUUGUUUGUCAUCUAUCUAAGUACCAACCAGGGCUGCUUCUGCUUAACUUCCAAGAUCAGAUGCAUUCUGGAUCAGUGAAAGCAGGCCUGCAUGCCCUGUCACCCUCCAGGUGUUUUGGACUUCAGCUCCAAGAAUCCCUUUCCAUUGGACAAGUGGGCUUGGACUUCUGGGAGUUGGAGGCCCAAACAGGUGUGCAGGCCUGUUUUAGGAUAUUUAGGCAGUCUGCCUUUAAGACUUAGCAAUGUUUAUUUUAGUCUAGGGCCAGAAUAUUAGUCUACUUCUUCAGAAGUAUCAAUAAGACUGAUAUUGAAGCCUUAGGUUAUCGAGCAUAUUUAGAGAUUUGUGGAAGGGAAUAGAGGCUGGUUCUACACUUGCAGUUCAAACCACAUGAUAUGGCAGUGUAGAACCAGCCAGAAUGUAAUAGGAUCUCAAAAGGGACAAAUUGUGACCUGUGACCUGAGCUGUAAAACUUCAAAGGUUGCAUGUGAUGAUCUCGUGCUCUUUUAGAUUUGGACUGUGGUCUGUUAGCAUUGAUGUGUGAAAGCAAAAAAUAUCCUGGAUAAAGCCAAUUCCUUUAGAAUUUGUAGAGAGAGGCCCCUUCGACAUUGCCAUAUUAAAUCCAGAUUCUCUGCUUUGAACUAUAUGAUUAUAUGACAGAGAUUCCUUUUGUGAGUUGAAUAUCCCCUUAUCGAAAAUACUUGAGACCAGAAAGAAUAAAAUUGUGUACCAUUUGACGUCUUUGAAGAAAACCAGAGGAGAUGCUGAGAAAUUCAAGGAAGAGGCUAAAAAGUCAAUGAAGGACAUGGAGGGAGAAGAGAGAGAGGAAAACACCGCUGAGAACCAACUUGUGAACAUCUCUGGGGAAGAAGCAAGCUCCGGAGGACGAGAGAUGGCAGGAUCUCACACUCCCAAGGACGAAGCAGCCUCCUCAACAAUGACCAGCUGCUGGCAGGUCACACCAGCUCAGAUGGAGAAGUUUCACGGAGCCAGGCCGGCAAUAGGCUGGGAGUAUGACCCUCUCCACUCUACAGGCUGCCGAGAAGUGCAGGAGUUUAGGCAAGAACUGGCACAAUUGAAAGAGCUAUUACAUUCUUUGCUGCUGAGAGAUGACAGCAAUCCUGGGAAGCAUAAAGCUACCCCAGGGCUUCCAGCGACAUCUCCUUCUCCUCAGGUAACCACCCCUGGCCUUUCGGCAGCAGCCCCUUCCUCCCAGCAGGAAAGGCCUGAGGGAGAGGGGGGCAAGGCCCAACCACAGUACAGAGAAGAGAUGGAGCUCAGAGCUACCUUUGACGGGGACCCCGAGAAAUUGCCAAUUUUUUUGUUCAGAGUUGCAACCUUCAUGACCAAGUGGGCAGACACUUUUGCAAAUGAAAUGGAUAAGGUCCAAUAUGUGGUUGACCAUUUGGAGGGGGCAGCAGCUGAAUGGUUCAUGGCUCUGUAUGACACAAAUGCCCCGGAGCUGAACAAUUUGGAUGCCUUCAUGCUGGCCCUGAAGUCACGCUUCGAGGAUCGCCUCCGCAAAGUCAGAGCCAGGGCAAAAUUGAUGAACCUGAAGCAAGGCUCCUGCUCCGUUCAAGAGUAUGCCCUCGAGUUCAGGAGACUGGCAUCACUGCUCCCUGAAUGGAACGAAGCCUUCAGGAUCCACGUGUUUAAGGAGGGUUUGAGACCAGACCUCUUGGAAUGGGUACUGGCACGAGACAUGCCAGACACCUUGAUGGGAUGGGUGGACCUGGCCAGCAAGGGAGAGAUGGUGAAGGAAGAGAUCAAAAUAUUUCGGCAAAAACAACCCUGGCUCCCCAGAAGCAGGGGGAAGAAGGAUGACAACCCGCCCAGGAGCAGAGACAGGCUUGACCCAAGAGCAAAGGAACAAAGGUGGAAGCUGGACCUUUGUCUACAUUGUGGAGGUGAGGGGCAUUUGGCCGUAGCCUGCCCAGAAAGCGAGAGAAAACCUGCAGGGUGCAAACCAGAAGAAAGCCAGCAAAAGGGGAGCCUGUGCAAGGGAAGGAAGACAAAGGCAACAGCUCUGGCCUCGAAGCAGCAGAGACAACCUAAGGCCCGCCAUGCCGGUCCCAAGGAUGACGCAUCAGACAGCGAACAGCUCUCGGGAAAUGAGACUUGCCUGGACUGGUGAGCGCCAACAAUGGUGCUUCAAAACAGUGGUGAGUAGCACCAAUUCACCCUUCUGGCUGAAAGUGUGGUUGAGCAAACAGGGAAAUGGAAGAGACUUGACAACAAAUGCAAUCUUGGACUCAGGCUGAACAAAAUCCAUAAUAAAGCCUGAUGUUGAGGCAUCAUAAUUUCUAGACACUAGGCAAACUACAGUAUUUUGUACAAUGGAAACCCUUUCCAACAGAGGAGCAAGAGCGCAUAGAUGCCGAACAUGUGCCAGCUUCUAUGCACUGGGUAAAUUCUAGGUUAUGAUACCCCUACGGUAUGUGAAUAGCCUGAGGUUAUAAGAUGGAUAGAAAUACUUUCGGUGUGGGAGGAACGUCUGGAUAUGCUUUGUAAUGCUGGAUGAUGAGAUGUGCUACACAACUAGUUGAUGAUGUCAGGUGUUAUUUUUGAUAUAUGCUUUGUAAUGUUGGAUGCUGGUGAUGCUGGGAAGUGGGAUUGUUUUUCAUGUGCGGCUUGGGGGUAAUGAUCCUGUUGGGUGUCAUCCUGGACUCCACAAGUCUCCAGUCUCCAAUGAGUAGCAAGACUAAGAAAACAGAAUUAGAACGAGGGAUUCCUUUCUCUAUUCCUAUUCAUGCCUUCCUAAAAGGGGCUUUCUGUCUCUACUCCUCUCUUCCCCAAUUUGUUGAUGUAGCAAUGUGAUCUCUUUGAGGUAUGAGGUGACUUCCUCUCUAUUGCCAUUUUGAUUGGUCCUAGGCUUCGAUUAUCAGAGUAAUUUACGCAGCGCAGCAGCAGUUGGAUGGAGUCAGAGGAACGCAGCAUGAAGAGACAUCAGAGACGAUGGUAAAACUAUAUACAAGUUUUACUGAAAGCAGUAAUAAAGACAAACAGACUUG